CGCGGGGUGGAGGGCCCGCACGUGGUGCCGCGACUCCCGAUUUGGCUUCUCGCGCCCCUGCCGGGUCUGCGGGGCGCCCCGCAGCCCGCGGCGAUGCCGAAGGCCAAGUCCGGGGCGAGCGUCCGCCGCCGCGAGCGACAGGAGCAGCGCCGGGAGCUGAGGAGCGCGGGAGGGCUUAUGUUCAACACCGGGCUUGGGCAGCACAUCUUGAAGAACCCCCUCAUCGUUAACAGCAUCAUCGAUAAGGCUGCCUUAAGACCAACUGAUGUUGUGCUCGAAGUUGGACCCGGAACUGGCAAUAUGACUGUAAAGUUACUCGAAAAGGCUAAAAAGGUAAUUGCCUGUGAACUUGACCCAAGGCUUAUAGCUGAACUGCACAAAAGAGUUCAGGGCACGCCUGUGGCCAGCAAACUUCAAGUAAUGGUGGGUGAUGUAUUAAAAACUGAUUUGCCAUUCUUCGAUGCUUGUGUGGCAAAUUUGCCUUAUCAGAUCUCUUCUCCCUUUGUCUUCAAACUCUUGCUGCACCGACCUUUUUUCAGAUGUGCUAUACUUAUGUUUCAGAGAGAAUUUGCUCUCCGGCUAGUUGCAAAACCUGGAGAUAAGUUAUAUUGCAGACUUUCGAUUAAUACACAGCUAUUAGCUCGUGUAGACCAUCUAAUGAAAGUUGGUAAGAAUAACUUCAGACCUCCACCUAAGGUAGAGUCCAGUGUUGUGCGAAUAGAGCCGAAGAAUCCGCCUCCACCUAUCAAUUUUCAGGAAUGGGAUGGCCUUGUUAGGAUCACCUUUGUUCGGAAGAAUAAGACUCUGUCUGCUGCAUUUAAGUCAAGUGCAGUACAGCAGCUACUGGAAAAAAACUACAGAAUUCACUGUUCGAUCCAUAACACUAUAAUACCAGAAGAUUUCAGCAUAGCAGAUAAAAUACAGCAAAUCCUAACCAGUACAGGUUUCAGUGACAAGCGGGCCCGUUCCAUGGACAUAGAUGACUUCAUUAGAUUGCUACACGGAUUCAAUGCAGAAGGUAUUCAUUUUUCAUAAGUAUCUGGAAACAGUCUUUCAAGUUCAAGAGAAGAAACUGGACUUACGUUUGGAGGCCAGACCUGGGUGCUCAGGGGACAAUACAGUGCAAGAUCAAAGCUGGGCCUCUGGAUACAAAGCAUUUGCCCUGCUCCUUUGAGCUAUCUCCCGUGCCCUGGGUUUCUGUAUUGUUAACAAUUUGAGAUGAACUGUUCUAUUGCUUAAGAAACUGUUCUUACCUAUUCUGGAUUACUACUGUUGAUCUAACAUCUUAAGGAAAUAAGUCAAUUGUAAAAACCCGGUUAUUUUUCAUUUUCCUUUGUUUUUAUAACAUAGGGCAGGGUCCAAUCUAUAUCUGACAGUCUUCAGUGUUGAAGAGCAGCAGACUCGCACAAGAAUAUACACUUAAACAUGCUUAUCUUCUGUUUUCAAUGACAUACAUAUGUAUUACUGAGAUGACCUCCUCAGGGCUUUCAGCUCUUUAGGCCUUUGUCCUUCAAACAGUAAGGUUAAAAUUAAUGCUUAACUUAAUGAAAUAUUUUCAAAACCAUUGUUAUCCAUGUAUACAGUAAACAUUUAAUAUAUUGAA